AUGCGAUCUAUAGCUUGUCGCGCUGCUGUCGCAGUCACAGUCCUCGCGUGUCUGGCGACAGCGGUACCGCAUGGAGAUGAUGAGCACAUGGACAUGGACAUGGACAUGAGCAUGGGUGCUGGCGCCGCGGCGAUAACGUCGUCGGCGCCAACGACGCCUCAUGGUGAUGAUGGUCCCAUGAGUUACUUUGCGUACAGUAAACACACCACCGCAAUCAUGGCGCACAUCGCGCUGAUGAUGUUGGCGUGGUGCAUUGUUCUUCCAGCAGCUGUGAUGCUCAGUGUGGCACGAUCCAGACUGGCUUUGCCAUCGCAAUUUUUCUUUCUCGUGGUUAAUGGGGUUGGCGUACUCGCUGGAAUCAUCUACAACAGCCAGACUCCGGACCUCUACGAGAACAAUGCGCACCACAAGAUUGGCUGGAUUGUAACCUGGGUCUUCGGUGCUCAGGUGGUCCUGGCUCUCAUCUUCGCUUAUGCUGGACGCGGCGAAUCGUCCUCAGAAAAAGUGUCCUACGAGCAGGCGACUUUCUUGCCCGUUGCAACGGAAGAGCACGAACACACCUUCCCGGCGCAUGCGACACACGGGUACCGCUGGUCAAGAGACAGCGGCCAGGGUACUGAGCCGGGUUCUCCCACUCACAACUCGAGCUCUUCCUCGUUUGGAUCGCCAUUGGAAUGCGACGAUGGAUUUGAAAAGCCCGAGGAGGAGCUGCCUGUCCAACCCACCCCAGCGCAUGGAUGGUUACACAACACUGUCAUGGACCGCUUCUUGUCCAAGCGCGUUCCGGGGCUGGUCUCCAGCCGCGUUCUGCGCGCCUUCAAUGGAGUGUACAAUGUGGUUGACCGCAUCAUUCUACCCUUCGGCUUUGUCGCUAUCGCCACCGGUGCGGUGACGUACGGUGGAAUUAUGCGUGAUCGUGAAGUGUUCAACGGGCUGGCUCACUUCAUCAAGGGAGGGAUCUUCUUCUGGUAUGGAGUCCUUACUCUGGGCCGCUAUGUUGGCUGCUGGGCCGACUUGGGAUGGGCGUGGAACAAGAAGCCCCCAGCGUCCGUGGUGGGUUGGAAGGCCAAGGUGCCCACGGGCGAAUUUACCGAGUGCUUUGUGAUCUUCCUGUACGGGAUCACCAACGUCUUCCUCGAACACUUGGCAAGCAACGACGGUGUUUGGUCCGCGACUGACUUGGAGCACGUCUCCAUCUCGAUUAUGUUUUUCGGCGGUGGCCUGGUCGGUAUGCUCUUCGAGUCCACACGGAUCCGCGAAGCUCUGAACAAUACUAUUCUCCGCACUCCCGCGCACAUCACUCGCGAUGAGAACUGGCAGACUCCCAAGUCGCAAGGAGUCUCUUUGAACCCAAUGCCUGCACUGAUCAUCCUGCUGCUAGGAAUGAUGAUGGGCUCGCACCACCAGACCAGCAUGACAUCGACCAUGGUCCACAAGCAGUGGGGUAACAUGUUGAUGGGCUUCUCUCUCGCUCGUGGCAUGACCUAUGUCCUGCUGUUCUUGCGCCCGCCUACCUCGUAUCUGCCGGCUCGACCACCCACCGAGAUUGUCGCCUCCUUCUGCCUGAUGUCGGGCGGUUUGAUCUUCAUGCUGAGCACGCGCAAUGUCAUCGAGGCUAUGGAGUACUACGAGGUGGACGCCAUGUUCACCUUUACCGUGGGCAUGGGUUUCACCGCUUUUAUCAUGGCACUCGAGAUCAGCUUCAUCGCGCUGAAGGCAUGGGCUGUGAAGCGCGAGCACCGACCGCAACUCGGAUUCCGAUUUCCCUGA